AUGAGCGAUGAGGCAGAGGCUACAGAUCUUUCAGGCACUUCAGUGCAGCAGAUUCCACAUUUUCUGCAUGAUGUCGUCUUCCAUGGAAAGUUUGAGCUGCUGAAGAGUCUAACCCCAGCGGAAAAUCCCCAUUGUCAACGUGGCCUCUACUUUCAAGAUGGUCAGCGUCAUGUGGACUAUGUUCUCACCUACGCUUUGAAGAAAUCAUCUGGGAGACGUUCCAUUCGAUACUCAACACAUUUGCUCAUGGAAAAUGCUGUUGCACGCAGCCUACGCCGUAGCCAUCAUCCAUCAUCUGCUGAAAAAUGCUCACUGUCUUCAAAAACCUCAACACCAUCCAAUGUGGAUCUACACUCCCCAGGGGAGACCUUCAGUGUCCAGGAGGAUCAAAAAAGCUUCAGGAGGGAGGAGUUUGAAGGGAAACUUAGAGAUAUGGGUCUGGAGCUGGAGAUUGAUGAAGACGCCAAGAUUCUCGGUGUGGGCUUUGUGAAAAUGCAUGCUCCAUGGAAUGUUCUCUGUCGAGAAGCAGAGUUCAUGAAGCUGAAGAUGCCGACCAAAAGGGUAUAUGAAGUCAAGCAGUCAAGUUGUGUUUUAGAGAAGCUCAGUCUACUCGUCAGUAAAGUUCUUGAGCCUCUUCAUCCUCACGUUGAGGAACCCCAACCGAAGAACAUCAAACACCUGUCACACACUUUUUCCAGGGAAAAGCAACACCUGUUUGACCUUUCAGACAAGGAUUCAUUUUUUGACAGUAAAACCAGGAGCUCAAUAGUUUAUGAAAUACUAAAAAGGACUAAAUGCAAGGCCAAGUACAGCAUGGGUAUCACCAGUCUCUUAGGUAGUGGUGUCUAUACAGCUGCUUACCCUCUCCAUGAUAUAAUUGAUGAAGAGACUGCAGAGGCUAAUGACAGAAAACUUUUGUAUGAGGAGUGGGCAAACUACAGUGUCUUCUACAAGUACCAGCCCAUCGGACUAGUGAGAAAGUACUUUGGAGAGAAGAUUGGACUGUACUUUGCCUGGUUGGGACUUUACACCCAGAUGCUAAUUCCUGCUUCAAUGGUGGGAGUCAUUGUCUUUCUGUAUGGAUGUGCAACAGUCGAUGACAAUAUACCAAGCAUGGAGAUAUGCCACCAAAAGAACAACAUCACCAUGUGUCCUUUGUGUGAUAAAGUGUGCAGCUAUUGGAGCCUAGGUUCUGCUUGUGGAACUGCAAGGGCCAGUCACCUAUUUGACAACCCAGCUACUGUAUUCUUCUCGAUAUUCAUGGCUCUUUGGGCUGCCAUGUUCAUGGAGCAUUGGAAGAGGAGACAAAUGAGACUUAAUUACGAGUGGGACCUAACCGGGUUUGAAGAUGAGGAGGAAGCACUCAAGGACCACCCCAGGGCAGAAUAUGAAUUCCAAGUCAUGCAGAAGUCUCUAAGCAGAGAUCACAAAACAAAGUACAAGAUAGAUAAGCUGACAUGUCAAGAUCGCCUCCCUGCCUACAUGACAAAUUUUGUCACAAUGUUGUUAAUGAUUGGUGUGACGUUUGCCAUCGUCUUUGGAGUGAUCCUAUACCGGAUCUCGACAAAAGCUGCUCUUCAUAUGAGCUCCAAUCCAAUCACACGAAACCAUGUACAACUUACUGUCAAAACAACAGCAGCCAUUAUCAACCUUGUGGUCAUCCUUAUACUGGAUGAGGUGUAUGGAGCAGUAGCACGAUGGCUCACUGUUUUAGAGGUGCCAAAAACUGACAAGAAUUUUGAGGAGAGACUCAUCUUUAAGACCUUCAUUCUGAAGUUUGUCAAUGCUUUCACACCAAUCAUCUACAUCGCGUUCUUCAGGGGAAGACUGGUAGGUCGACCAGGCAACUAUUUGUAUGUGUUUGAAUCCUACAGAAUGGAAGAGUGUACUCAUGGAGGCUGCCUGAUGGAGUUGUGUAUUCAGCUGAGUAUCACCAUGUUGGGAAAGCAGCUAAUUCAGAACAACCUUUUUGAGAUUGGAAUACCAAAGCUAAAGAAGCUUAUUCGCUACAUCCAGUCAAAGCCGGGCACUUUUCAGGAAGAAGAGAGGAAGAAGAAGUUGCAGAGAUUCGAAACCGACCACUUCCUGGAGCCAUUUUCAGGGUUAACUCCUGAAUAUAUGGAAAUGAUUAUCCAGUUUGGUUUUGUCACAUUAUUUGUGGCGUCCUUCCCCUUGGCUCCAUUGUUUGCUCUGCUUAACAACAUAAUUGAAAUACGACUUGAUGCAAAGAAGUUUGUGACCGAGUUGCGAAGACCAGUGGCGGCAAGAGCCAAAGACAUUGGUAUAUGGUACAACAUCCUAAGAGGGGUGGCCAAAGUGGCAGUCAUUAUCAAUGCAUUUGUCAUCUCCUUCACCUCAGACUUCAUCCCUCGAAUGGUCUACCAGUACAUGUACAGCCUUGAUGGCACCAUGCAUGGAUUUGUCAACCACACCCUCUCCUAUUUUAAUGUCAGCCACUUCCAGGAUGGGAAAGAGCCCAUGGAUCCCAUGCAACUUGGCUAUCCAGUUGCGAUAUGCAGAUACAAGGACUACAGAGAACCACCUUGGUCAACAACCCCGUAUGAGAUUUCAAAGGAAUUCUGGGCAGUACUGGCUAUUCGGCUGGCCUUUGUAAUUGUUUUUCAGAAUGUUGUCAUGUUGAUGAAUGACCUUGUGGACUGGCUAAUCCCAGACAUCCCAAAAGACAUCAGCCUCCAGAUCCACAAGGAGAAAAUUUUAUUGGUAGAUCUUUUCAUGAAAGAAGAGCAAGUGAAGAGCAUUAACCUUGAGAACAGUGCCUCUGCAGUGAACAAGUGCACCAGGAACAAUAACAACACAACAGCACAGCCGCGUCCAGACUCGCAAAUUUACACCUAUUAG